CCAAAUACCAAUUAUGUACUGAAAAAGAAACAUACCUUAUCCUAAAUAAAGGUUGCACUACUAGUCUACGUAGUUAUAUUACCAAUGCUCAUUAUAUCAAUAUUGCCGAGGCUAUUAGUUUUGGAAACUUUCCAGUUGUUCCUCAGUCUAGUGAAAAUAUUCUUAGACAAGUAUUGGUUAAGUGGAUCACAACGAAUAGCUUUCCUUUUACCACCGUUAAAUCAAAAAGUUUUCAGGAGUUAGUUGAUAUAAUUAAAAAGUUAGAUGAUAAUGUCACAAUUCUCUCCACAAGGACAGUUAAGCGGGAUUUGUUAGGCAAAUCUUAG